UUCUCGUGAUCCUGUUUUGCACAUUACAGAAGCAGUACUAACAUAUGAAGUACUGGCAAAAAGUACUCGAAAUUUUGAUGUUAUUAACGUUAGACGUUAAUAAGAAUUGAAGCAUAAUUAAUAUUAUAGCUAGAGUUUAGAAGAAAAAUGGAAAUGAGAGAAACCUCAAGAAGAUCACCUGCAACGCAUUUCGUGGAUAUCCAUGAAGUACCAGAAGUCGAAGACGAAGAACAUGAAGAAGAUAAGCCCACGAGAACGGCUGAAAAACAAGAGAAACGUUUUAACAAAGCAAUCAAAGCCCGAGAAGUGAAGAAGCCUAACCGGAAUUUCAGCAGGCAAGUGUCGCUGGAAACUGGAUUUUCAGUGCUGAAUGGAGAUAAAAGGGAGAGGAAGGCAUUGCCAAGAAGUGGAAAAAGUUUUGGUGGAUUUGGUUCUGCUUAUGCAACUGGUGCAGAAGUGAGGAAAGGGGACUUUAGCAUAUUCAAGACAAAAUCUACUCUUGUUAAGCAGAACUCCAAGUUGCCACUGAGAAAGGAAAGUGGGGUUGAUCUUCAAUACAAUGAUGUCUCUGGAGGGAUUGAUGAGUCAGUUAACGAAAGCGUUCCUGCUGGAAGAUACUUUGCGGCUCUCAGAGGCCCUGAACUAGACGAAGUCAAGGAAUCUGAGGACAUACUUCUACCCAAGGAUGAGAAAUGGCCCUUCCUCCUCCGUUUCCCCAUUGGUUGCUUUGGUAUUUGUCUAGGCCUGAGCAGCCAGGCCAUUCUUUGGCGGGCCCACUAAAUUCCUCCAUAUUACACCACUGAUCAACCUAGCAAUCUGGCUGCUAGCUUUAGGUGUACUUGUCGCAGUUUUCAUCACGUAUGCAUUGAAAUGUGCUUUCUAUUUCGAAGCUGUGAAAAGAGAAUACUUUCACCCUGUUAGAGUCAACUUCUUCUUUGCCCCAUGGGUCGUCUGCAUGUUCUUAGCCAUUGGCGUGCCAUCAAGUAUUGCACCAAACACUCUGCAUCCAGCCGUCUGGUGCACGUUCAUGGCGCCCAUCGUCUUCCUUGACUUAAAAAUAUAUGGCCAGUGGUUGUCGGGAGGAAAAAGGCGUCUCUGCAAAGUAGCAAAUCCUUCCUCCCAUCUGUCAGUGGUUGGAAAUUUCGUGGGAGCGAUUCUGGCUGCAAAAGUCGGGUGGUCAGAAGCAGGGAAGUUCUUGUGGGCAAUCGGUUUUGCUCAUUAUCUUGUAGUGUUUGUGACGUUGUAUCAGAGGUUGCCGACAAGUGAGGCAUUGCCUAAGGAACUCCACCCUGUGUACUCCAUGUUUAUUGCAACUCCAGCCGCAGCUAGCAUUGCUUGGGGAGCUAUUUAUGAUGAAUUUGAUGGCUUGUCCAGGACCUGCUACUUCAUUGCACUAUUCCUCUAUUGCUCAUUGAUCGUGCGCAUCAACUUCUUCAGGGGAUUCAGGUUUUCAGUGGCAUGGUGGUCUUACACCUUUCCCAUGACAACAGCUUCAAUAGCAACCAUCAAAUAUGCAGAACAGGUCCCUUCUGUAGUUAGCAAGGGCCUGGCUUUGACACUAUCAUUCAUGUCAUCAACAAUUGUGUCUAUACUGUUAGUUUCAACGCUUCUCCAUGCUUUUGUGUGGAAAACAUUGUUCCCCAACGACCUUGCCAUCGCCAUAACAAAGAGAAGACAAGGCAAGGAGAAGAAACCAUUGAAGAAAGUGUAUGACAUAAGACGUUGGACGAAGCAGUCACCACUGUCAUUUGUUUCAAACAUAGGAAAGCAUAACUCAGCAGAGCAUAAUUCAACAGAUAAAGGAUAAUAAGGUGGAUAAAUAAGACAAAGAACGAUGUAAGAUCAUGUAAGAGAGAGACAGUAAUGCAUUUGUAGUUUGAAAAAUCAUUCACCUAGGACUUACAUGGAAGCGAUACUGAACUAUGGUCAGAUUUAUCAUUGUUGUAAUAAUUUCCAGGUCAUUGUAUGUAGAUCAAAAAUUGAGAGCUAGAAAAACUAUGAGAUCAAGGAGAGCAGUCAGUUAUUAUGUAAUGGUACAACCAGUUUCUUGCAAAUCAAUACAUCAUAGACAAUUCUAUUA